AUGGAGCAGGCAAGAUUCCGUCGUGGAGCUCCCCCCGAGACGCGAAAACAGCCGCACCGAUACAGGUCAUGGAGCAGGCAAUUUUCCGUCGUGGAGCUCCGUGACUUAUCGUUCUCGCUUCACUCCCGGGCACUUUCCAGCAUAAUCGCAGUCGCGAAAACAGCCGUACAGUACAGGUCAUGGAGCAGGCAAUUUUCCGUCGUGGAGCUCCGUGACCAAUCGUUCUCGCUUCACUCCCGGGCACUUUCCAGCAUAAUCGCAGCCCCGAGACGCAAAAAACAGCCGCGCCAAUACAGGCCCGAGACGAGAAAACAGCCGCACCGGUUCAGGUCAUGGAGCAGGCAAGUUUCCGUCGUGGAGCUCCGUGACCAAUCGUUCUCGCUUCACUCCCCGAAACUUUCCAGCAUAAUUGUAGCCUCCCGCGGCCUCUCGCGGCCUCCCGCGGCCCCGCAGUCUCCCGCGGCCUCCCGCGGCCUCACGCGGCCUCCCGUGGCCCCGCAGUCUCCCGCGGCCUCCCGCGGCCUCCCGCGGCCCUGCGGUCUCCCGCGGCCUCCCGUGGCCCCGCGGUCUCCCGCGGCCUCCCGCGGCCUCCCGCAUCCCCGCGGUCUCCCGCGGCCUCCCGCGGCCCCACCGUCUCCCGCGACCUCCGCGGCCUCCCGCGGCCCUGCGGUCUUCUGCAGCCCCGCAGUCUCCCACGGCCUCCCGCGGCCUCCCGCGGCCUCCCGCGGCCCCGCGGUCUCCCGCGGCCUCCCGCAACCCCGCGGUCUCCCGCGGCCUCCCAUGGCCCCGCACCCCGAGACGCGAAAACAGCCGCACCGAUACAGGUCAUGGAGCAGGCAAUUUUCCGUCGUGGAGCUCCGUGACCAAUCGUUCUUGCUUCACUCCCGGGCACUUUCCAGCAUAAUCGCAGGUCUCCCCGAGACGCGAAAACAACCGCACCGGUACAGGUCAUGGAGCAGGCAAUUUUCCGUCGUGGAGCUCCGUGACCAAUCGUUCUUGCUUCACUCUCGAGCUCUUUCCAGCAUAAUCGCAGGUCUCCCCGAGACGCGAAAACAACCGCACCGGUACAGGUCAUGGAGUAGGCAAGUUUCCGUCAUGGAGCUCCUUGAACAAUCCCCCGAGACGCGAAAACAGCCGCACCGGUACAGGUCAAUGAGUAGGCAAGUUUGCGUCGUGGAGCUCCGUGACCAAUCGUUCUCGCUUCACUCCCGGGAACUUUCGAGCAUAAUUAUAGGUCCCCCCAAGACACGAAAGCAGCCACACCAGUACAUGUCAUGGAGCAGGCAAUUUUCUGCUGUGGAGCUCCGUGACCAGUCGUUCUUGCUUUACUCCCAGGCACUUUCCAGCAUAAUCGCAGCCCGGAGACAUGAAAACAGCCGCACCGGUACAGGUCAUGGAGCAGGCAAUUUUCCGUCGUGGAGAUCCCCCCGAGACGCGAAAACAACCGCACCGGUACAGGUCAUGGAAAAAAAGCAAAUUUCCAUCGUGGAGCUCCGUGACCAAUCGUUCUCGCUUCACUCCCUGGCACUUUCCAUCAUAAUGGCAGGUCCGUCAUGGAGCAAGCAAUUUUCCGUCGUGGAGCUCCGUGACCAAUCGUUCUCGCUUCACUCCCGGGCACUUUCCAGCAUAAUUGGAGUUCUCCCCGAGACGCGAAAACAACCGCACCGGUACAUGUCACGGAGUAGGCAAGUCUCCGUCGUGGAGCUCCAUGACCCAUCGUUCUCGCUUCACUCCCAAGAACUUUCCAGCAUAAUUGCAGGCACUUUCCAGCAUAAUUCCAGCCCCGAGACGCGAAAACAGCCGCACCGAUACAGGUCAUGGAGCAGGCAAUUUUCCGUCGUGGAGCUCCGUGACCAAUCGUUCUUGCUUCACUCCCGGGCACUUUCCAGCAUAAUUGCAGGAACUUUCCAGCAUAAUCGUAGCUCCGAGACGCGAAAACAACCACACCGGUAUAGGUCAUGGAGCAGGCAAUUUUCUGUCGUGGAGCUCCAUGACCAAUCGUUCUCGCUUCACUCCGAGGAAUUUUCCAGCAUAAUCGCAGCCCCGAGACGCAAAAACAUCCGCACCGAACAUGUCAUGGAGCAGGCAAAUUUCCAUCAUGGAGCUCCAUCACCAAUCGUUCUCGCUUCACUCUCGGGCACUUUCCAGCAUAAUCGCAGCCCCGAGACGCGAAAACAGCCGCACCGAUACAGGUCAUGGAGCAGGCAAUUUUCCGUCGUGGAGCUCCGUGACCAAUCGUUCUCGCUUCACUCCCGGGCACUUUCCAGCAUAAUCGCAGUUUCCGUCGUGCAGCUCCGUGACCAAUCGUUCUCGCUUCACUCCCGGGCACUUUCCAGCAUAAUCGCAGCCUCGAGACACGAAAACAGCCGCUACGGUACAGAUCAUGGAGCAGGCAAUUUUCCGUUCAGCAUGGAGCUCCGUGACCAAUCCCCCGAGACGCGAAAACAGCCGCACCGAUACAGGUCAUGGAACAAGCUAUUUUCCGUCGUCGAGCUCCAUGACCAAUUGUUCUCGCUUCACUCCCGGGCACUUUCCAGCAUAAUCGCAGGUCCCCCCGAGACGCGAAAACAGCCGCACCGGUACAGGUCAUGGAGCAGGCAAUUUUCCGUCGUGGAGCUCCGUGACCAAUCGUUCUCGCUUCACUCCCAGAAACUUUUCAGCAUAAUCGCAGGUCCGUCAUGGAACAGGCAAGUUUCCAUCAUGGAGCUCCGUGACCAAUCGUUCUCGCUUCACUCCCAGGCACUUUCCAGCAUAAUUGUAGCCCCGAGACGCGAAAACAGCCGCUUCGGUACAUGUCAUGGAGCAGACAAGUUUCCGUCGUGGAGCUCCCCUCGAGACGCGAAAACAGCCACACCGGUACAGGUCAUGGAGCAGGCAAUUUUCCGUCGUAGAGCUCCCCUCGAGACGCGAAAACAGCUGCACCGGUACAGAUCAUGGUGCAGACAAAUUUUCGGCGUGGAGCUCCAUGACCAAUCGUUCUCGCUUUACUCCCGGGCACUUUCCAGCAUAAUCGCAGGUCCCCUCGAGACGCGAAAACAGCCACACCGGUACAGGUCAUGGAGCAGUCAAGUUUCCGUCGUGGAGCUCCGUGACCAAUCGUUCUUGCUUCACUCCCGGGAUCUUUUCAGCAUAAUUGCAGCCCCGAGACGCGAAAACAGCCGCACCGGUACAGGUCAUGGAGCCGGCAAUUUUCCGUCGUGGAGCUCCGUGACCAAUCGCACUUUCCAGCAUAAUUGCAGCCCCGAGACGCGAAAACAGCCGCACCGAUACAGGUCAUGGAGCAGGCAAUUUUCCGUCGUGGAGCUCCGUGACCAAUCGUUCUCGCUUCACUCCCAAGAACUUUCCAUCAUAAUCCAAGAGAUGUGUGACCAAUCGUUCUCGCUUCACUCCCAGAAAAUUUCCAGCAUAAUCGCAGCCCCGAGACGCGAAAACAGCGGCGCCGGUACAGGUCAUGAAGCAGGCAAUUUUCCGUCGUGGAGCUCCCCCCGAGACGCGAAAACAGCCGCACCGGUACAGGUCAUGGAGCAGGCAAUUUUCCGUCGUGGAGCUCCCCCCGAGACGCGAAAACAGCCGCACCGAUACAGGUCAUGGAGUAGGCAAUUUUCCGUCGUGGAGCUCCGUGACCAAUCGUUCUCGCUUCACUCCCGGGCACUUUCCAGCAUAAUCGCAGCCCCGAGACGCGAAAACAGUCGCACCGGUACUGGUCAUGGAGCAGGCAAUUUUCCGUCGUGGAGCUCCGUGACCAAUCGUUCUCGCUUCACUCUCGGAAUCUUUCCAGCAUAUUUGCAGCCGCAGCGAUUGAGGUCAUGGAGUAGGCAAUUUUCCGUCGUGGAGCUCCGUGACCAAUCGUUCUCGCUUCACUCCCGGGCACUUUCCAGCAUAAUCGCAGCCCUGAGACGCGAAAACAGCCGACCGGUACAUGUCAUAAAGCAGACAAUUUUCCGUCGUGGAGCUCCGCAAUUUUCUGUCGUGGAGCUCCGUGACCAAUCGUUCUCGCUUCACUCCCAGGCACUUUCCAGCAUAAACCCAGAGCUUCGUGACCAAUCGUUCUCGCUUCACUCCGAGGAGAUUUUCAGCAUAAUCGCAGCCCCGAGACGCGAAAAACAGCCGCAUCGGUACAUGUCAUGGAGCAGGCAAUUUUCCGUCGUGGAGCUCCAUGACCAAUUGUUGUCGCAUCACUCCCGGGCAAUUUACAGCAUAAUAACAGGCACUUUCCAGCGUAAUCCCAGCCCCGAGACGCCAAAACAUUCACACCGAUAUAGGUCAUGGAGCAGGCAAGUUUCCGUCGUGGAGCCACGUGACCAAUCGUUCUCGCUUCACUCCCAGGAACUUCCCAUCAUAAACCCAGAGCUCUUUGACCAAUCGUUCUCGCUUCACUCCCAGAAAAUUUCCAGCAUAAUCGCAGGUCCCCCCGAGACGCGAAAACAGCCGCACCGGUACAGGUCAUGGAGCAGACAAUUUUCCGUCGUGGAGCUCCGUGACCAAUCGUUCUCGCUUCACUCCCGGGCACUUUCCAGCAUAAUUGCAGGUCCCCCCGAGACGCGAAAACAGCCGCACCGGUACAGGUCAUGGAGCAGGCAAUUUUCCGUCGUGGAGCUCCGUGACCAAUCCCCCGAGACGCGAAAACAGCCGCACCAGUACAGGUCAUGGAGUAGGCAAGUUUCCGUCUUGGAGCUCCGUGACCAACAGUUCUCGCUUCACUCCCAGGAACUUUCCAGCAUAAUCGAAGGCACUUUUCAGCAUAAUUGCAGCCCCGAGACGCGAAAACAGCCGCACCGAUACAGGUCAUGGAGCAGGCAAUUUUCCGUCGUGGAGCUCCAUGACCAAUCGUUCUCGCUUCACUCCCGAGAACUUUCCAGCAUAAUCGCAGGUCCCCCCGAGACGCGAAAACACCCGCACAGAUAUAGGUCAUGGAGCAGGCAAUUUUCCGUCGUGGAGCUCCGUGACCAAUCGUUCUCGCUUCACUUCCGAGCACUUUCCAGCAUAAUCGCAGGUCCCCCCGAGACACGAAAACAGCCGCACGGAUACAGGUCAUGGAGCAGGCAAUUUUCCGUCGUGGAGCUCCAUGACCAAUCAUUCUCGCUUCACUCCCGGGCACUUUCCAGCAUAAUCGCAGCCCCGAGACGUGAAAACAGCCACACCCGUACGGGUCAUGGAGUAGGCAAGUUUCCGUCGUGGAGCUCCGUGACCAAUUACACUUUUCAGCAUAAUUGUAGCCCCGAGACGCGAAAACAGCCGCACCGGUACAGGUCAUGGAGCAGGCAAUUUUCCGUCGUGGAGCUCCAUGACCAAUCGAUCUCGCUUCACUCCCAGGCACUUUCCAGCAUAAUCGCUGGUCCCCCCGAGACGCGAAAACAGCCGCACCGGUACAGGUCAUGGAGCAGGCAAUUUUCCGUCGUGGAGCUCCGUGACCAAUUGUUCUCUCUUCACUCCCGAGCACUUUCUAGCAUAAUCGCAGCCCCGAGACGCGAAAACGCCCACACCGAUACAGGUCACGGAGCAGGCAAUUUUCCGUCGUGGAGCUCCGUGACCAAUCGCACUUUCCAGCAUAAUCACAGCCUGGAGAUGCGAAAACAGCCGCACCGGUACAGGUCAUGGAGCAGGCAAUUUUCCGUCGUGGAGCUCCGUGACCAAUCGUUCUCGCUUCACUCUCGAGCACUUUCCAGCAUAAUUGUAGGUCCAUACAGGUCAUGGAGCAUGCAAUUUUCCGUCGUGGAGCUCCGUGACCAAUCGUUCUCGCUUCACUCUCGAGCACUUUCCAGCAUGAUCGCAGCCCCGAGACGUGAAAACAGCCGCACCGGUACAGGUCAUGGAGCAGGCAAUUUUCCGUCGUGGAGCUCCAUGACCAAUUGCAGUUUCCAGCAUAAUCGCACCCCCGAGACGCGAAAACAGCCGCACCGGUACAGGUCAUGGAGCAGGCAAUUUUCCGUCGUGGAGCUCCGUGACCAAUCGUUCUCGCUUCACUCCCGGGCACUUUCCAGCAUAAUUGCAGGUUCGCCUGAGACGCGAAAACACCCGCACCGGUACAAAUCAUGGAGCAGGCAAUUUUCCGUCGUGGAGCUCCAUGACCAAUCGUUCUCGCUUCACUCCCAGGAACUUUCCAGCAUAAUUGCAGGUCCCCCCGAGACGCGAAAACAGCCGCACCGGUACAGGUCAUGGAGCAGGCAAUUUUCCGUCGUGGAGCUCCGUGACCAAUCGUUCUCGCUUCACUCCCGGGCACUUUCCAGCAUAAUCGCAGCCCCGAGACGUGAAAACAGCCACACCCGUACGGGUCAUGGAGCAGGCAAGUUUCCGUCGUGGAGCUCCGUGACCAAUCAAAAACGCUCGUUUCAGGCGUUUUUUAACCCCGAGACGCGAAAACAGCCGCACCGGUACAGGUCAUGGAGCAGGCAAUUUUCCGUCGUAGAGCUCCGUGACCAAUCGUUCUCGCUUCACUCCCAAGCACUUUCCAGCAUAAUUGCAGCCCCGAGACGCGAAAACAGCCGCACCGAUACAGGUCAUGGAGCAGGCAAUUUUCCACCGUGGAGCUCUACUCGAAAACAGCCGCACCGGUACAGGUCAUGGAGCAGGCAAUUUUCCGUCGUGGAGCUCCGUAACAAAUCGUUCUCGCUUCACUCCUGGGCACUUUCCAGCAUAAUUGCAGGAAAUUUCCAGCAUAAUUGUAGCCUCGAGAUGCGAAAACAGCCGCAACGGUACAGGUCAUGGAGUAGGCAAGUUUCCGUCGUGGAGCUCCGUGACCAAUUCCCCGAGACGCGAAAACAGCCGCACCGGUACAGGUCAUGGAGCAGGCAAGUUUCCGUCGUGGAGCUCCGUGACCAAUCGUUCUCGCUUCACUCCCAGGAAAUUUCCAGCAUAAUUGCAGCUCCCCCCGAGACGCGAAAACAGCCGCACCGGUACAGGUCAUGGAGUAGGCAAGUUUCCGUCGUGGAGCUCCGUGACCAAUUGUUCUCGCUUCACUCCCAGGAACUUUCCAGCAUAAUCAUAGGUUAUGGAGCAGGCAAUUUUCCGUCGUGGAGCUCCGUGACCAAUCGUUCUCGCUUCACUCCCAGCAGUUUCCAGCAUAGUUCCAGCCCCGAGACGCGAAAACAGGCGCACCUGGACUGGUCAUGGAGUAGGCAAGUUUCCGUCGUGGAGCUCCGUGACCAAUCGUUCUCGCUUCACUCCCAGGAAAUUUCCAGCAUAAUUGCAGCCCCGAGACGCGAAAACAGCCGCACCGGUACAGGUCAUGGAGUAGGCAAGUUUCCGUCGUGGAGCUCCGUGACCAAUUCCCCGAGACGCGAAAACAGCCGCACCGGAUUAGGUCAUGGAGCAGGCAAUUUUCUGUCGUGGAGCUCCGUGACCAAUCGUUCUCGCUUCACUCCCAUCACUUUCCAGCAUAAUCCCAGGUCAUGGAGCAGGCAAUUUUCCGUCGUGGAGCUCCGUGACCAAUCGUUCUCGCCUCACUUCCCGACACUUUCCAGCAUAAUUGCAAGUCCUCCAUGGAGCAGGAAAGUAUACGUCGUAAAGCUCCGUGACCAAUCGUUCUCGCUUCACUCCCGGGCACUUUCCAGCAUAAUCGCAGGUCCCCUCAAGACGCGAAAACAUCCGCACCGGUACAGGUCAUGGAGUAGGCAAGUUUCCGUCGUAGAGCUCCGUGACCAAUCCUUCUCGUUUCACUCCCAGGAACUUUCCAGCAUAAUCGUGCCCCGAGACGUGAAAACAGCCGCACAGGUACAGAUCAUGGAGCAGACAAUUUUCCGUCGUGGAGCUCCCCCCGAGAUGCGAAAACAUCCGCACCGAUACAGGUCAUGGAGUAGCCCCGAGACUCGAAAACACCCGCACCGGUACAGGUCAUGGAGCAGGCAAUUUUCUGUCGUGGAGCUCCGUAACCAAUUGUUCUCUCUUCACUCUCGAGCACUUUCCAACAUAAUCGCAGGUCCCUCCGAGACGCGAAAACAGCCGCACCGGUACAGGUCAUGGAGCAGGCAAUUUUCCGUCGUGGAGUUCCAUGACCAAUCUUUCUCGCUUCACUCCCGAACACUUUCCAGCAUAAAUGCAGGUCCGUCAUGGAGCAGUCAAUUUUCCGUCGUGGAGCUACGUGACCAAUCGUUCUCGCUUCACUCCACGGCAGUUUCCAGCAUAAUCAUAGCCCCGAGACGCGAAAACAGCCGCACCGAUACAGGUCAUGGAGCAGGCAAUUUUCCGUCCUGGAGCUCCGUGACCAAUCGUUCUCGCUUCACUCCCAGGCACCAACAUAAUUGCAGGUCAUGGAGCAGGCAAGUUUCCGUCGUGGAGCUCCGUGACCAAUCGUUCUUGCUUCACUCCCACGCACUUCACAGCAUAAUCGCAGGUCCCCCCGAGACUCGAAAACAGCCGCACCGGUAUAGGUCAUGGAGCACGCAAGUUUCCGUCGUGGGGCUCCAUGACCAAUUGUUCUCGCUUCACUCCCAGGCACUUUCCAGCAUAAUCGACGGUCCCCCCGAGACGCGAAAACAGCCGCACCGAUACAGGUCAUGCAGUAGGCAAGAUUCCGUCGUGGAGCUCCGUGACCAAUCGUUCUCGCUUCACUCCCAGGCAUAUUCCAAAAUAAUCGUGCCCCGAGACACAAAAACAGCCGCACCGGUACACGUCAUGGAGGUUUCCGUCGUGGAGCUCCGUGACCAAUCGUUCUCGCUUCACUCUCGAGAACUUUCCAGCAUCAUCGCAGCCCCGAGACGCCAAAACAGCCGCGCUGAUACAAGUUAUGGAGCAGGCAAUUUCCCGCCGUGGAGCUUCGUGACCAAUUUCCCAGGCACUUUCCAGCAUAAUUGCAGCCUCGAGAUGGGAAAACAGCCGCACCGAUACAGGUCAUGGAGCAGGCAAUUUUCCGUCAUGGAGAUCCUUGACCAAUCGUUCUUACUUCAAUCCCAUGCACUUUCCAGCAUAAUCGCAGGUCCGUAA